UGAUACACAACAACCACCAACGAAGCUGGACAAACACACGUGCAGUGUAACACAGUGUCAACAUGGGGAAGAGAAGACACAAUAAGCAACUUUUCACAAAUUUAUCCAAAAAGCAAAAGAAACAUUUGAAGGAAUUUGGAGAGGAGCAUCCAUUUCAUGAUGUAGUCAAUGAAAAACCUGAAAGAACUGAAAUAGUAGACCUGCCAGUAAGCCCUGAACAAUCUGACGCUGAGUCUGACGAGCUGGUAGAGGAAGACGAGGAUGAGGAACCAGAGCAGAAAACGGCCUACCAGAAACUUCUUUCAACUCUCAGUCAACCUGAUGGCAAUGACCACAGUGAAGAGGAAGAAAGCAGUGAUGAAGAAGAAGAAGAGCUUCUUGAAGGUGAAGGUGAAGAGGACAGUGACGGAGUCAGAGAUGACGGUGAGGAUGGUGAUGAAGAUGAAGUGGGAGACGAGGAAUUGGCAGACGCUGAUGAAGCUCUGACUGAAGCUGUAGAAGGGGAGGUGGAGGAGGAAAAGGAGAGAGGAGGUGAAGAGUUCGUAGAUAAGGUGCACGAGUCCCAAUUCUGUCUGGAGACCAACUUCAUGGGUGAGGGAGAACAAGAGGACACUGAAAGCAACGCAGAGCAUGAAGACAGCAAAGACAUCUUUUCACAGCAUUUGGACACGGAGCUUGAUGACGAGGAUGUGCAGAAGAUAACAUCUGGCAGCAAGGCCAGGACUCAGAUCACGUGGCCAAAAUUGGGCACUCUGCUCUGUACCAAUCCCCUGGAGAAGUUUGGACCCAUUGGCCCUCAGAAAGACACAAACCUCCCAGUUUUCCACAAACUCUUGGAGUCCCGCUGGAAGGAUCUAAACCAGACCUCUGAUUCUAAGGGGGUGGCUGAAGAGAUCAGUCCUCUCCAGCUAGAGCUGCUGGCCCUCAUGGGCUCCUACAAGGACUUGUACUACCCAGAAAUGUGCCCUCUGAGUAAGGGCCCUCAGGUGCGCAGUGUAUACUGUGUUCAUGUGCUUAACCACGUGCUGAAGGCCAACUCCCAGGUCCUGGCUCACAACGCUCAGCUACGAGAGCAGAAAAUUCAGGCUAAACCCGGAGCUGAGCCACAGGACGAACCCAGAGACCAAGGUCUGACCCGGCCAAAGGUCUUGAUUCUGGUGCCGUUCCGAGGCGGAGCUCUGCGAGUCGUACAGACGUUCAUCAGCCUCCUGGAGACCAAAGGCAAGAAGAUCGUGGUCAGCAACAAGAAGAGGUUCAAGGAAGAGUUUGGAGAAGAAGCAGAUGAACAGCCACCCAGUCUGCAGAGACCUGAUGAUUACCAUGCUAUCUUCUCAGGCAAUGUUGACGAUCACUUCAGGAUAGGUGUCUCUAUUGUGAGGAGCAGUAUCCGUCUGUAUGCCCCCUUCUACUCGUCAGACAUCAUCAUUGCGUCUCCCCUUGGUCUGCGCACAGUGCUGGGAGCUGAGGGAGAGAGUAAGAGAGACUUUGACUUUCUCUCCUCCAUUGAGCUGCUGGUGGUGGACCAGGCAGAUGUCUUCCUCAUGCAGAACUGGGAACACGUCUUGCAUGUGAUGAAGAACAUCAACCUGCAGCCGCUGGACUCCCAUGGAGUGGACUUCUCCAGGGUGAGGAUGUGGAACCUGAACAACUGGGCCAGACACUACAGACAGACGCUGGUGUUCAGCUCCAUCCAGGAGCCACAGAUCAACAACAUCCUCACCAAACACUGUGCUAACUACCGUGGACAGAUUGCCACUAAGAACAUGCCAAAAACAGGUUCCAUCUGUCAGGUUCUGGUUCAGCUGCCUCAUGUGUUUCAGAUGUUCUCCUCUGACAGCUUCAUGGACCAUGAUGCAAGGUUUCAGUUCUUUUUAGAUAAAGUGCUGCCUCAGUACAGGGACUCAGUUAUGUCCCACACUCUGAUCUACAUCCCCUCUUACUUCGACUAUGUCCGAUUGCGCAACUACAUGAAGAAAGAAGAGAUAAAAUUUGCCAGUACCUGCGAGUAUUCCAGCAAAUCAGAGGUGUCCCGAGCCAGGCAUUUCUUCCAAAAAGGGGAGAGACAGUUCCUGCUCUUUACUGAACGCUUCCACUUCUACAAGAGGUACACCAUCAAAGGGAUCCGGAACCUGAUAUUUUAUGGAUUGCCCUCCUUCCCCCACUUCUACAGUGAGGUGUGUAACAUGUUGGCAGCAGGGGGUCAUGGGGAAGAGGCCAGCUGGACCUGCACUGCCCUCUACUCCCGCUACGAUGCCCACAAACUGGCUGCCAUCAGCGGAGCCCAGCGAGCUGGACAGAUGCUGAACUCCAACAAGACUGUUCACCUCUUUAUCACAGGAGGGGAGGAUAAAGCCUCCUGAUGGAGCUGGACAGAUGAACGAGGGACCACUGGACUAAAACUAUGUUAGAUAUCUACUGUAAAUACAGUGAGAUGACCAUGGAUUUGGUGUGGACUACAGGUCUGUGAUAGUAGAUUGCCAUGUGAGAUGUCACAUUGCAGAUUUUCCUGGUCUGACAUGAGAGCAGUGUGCCCCUAGACAUUAACUCGAACAUGCAUGAGGAACAAAACAUGUUUAUUGGCAUCAAGCCACAAUGUGACAAGAUCAUAAAACCUUGUUCUGGUUUGUAAAUCAGGUUGUAGGUGAUCGCCGUGAUAAGAUGUUAUAAAAACAUCACUCUCUGAUUGGAUGUGUGUAUACAAUACAUCUCUGUAUACAAUAUUAAUAUUUUGUUACAUUGAUUUAUGUUCUUUAAAUGCUAAAAUAAUGAUCUAAACAGUUUUUAUGGUUUUUAUUACAAUGGCAUAUAAAAGAUAAAAGAGUUUGAAAUAGA